CAAUAAAAAAAUAUAUAAUAAAAAAAAACUUUUACAACAUACUAACAAGACACUAGUAGCUCCUAAUUCUGCAUUCAUGAUGUGGAAUAAAUAUUUUGCAUACUUUUAAAACGUAUAUCUUUAAAGAGGCAAUAUGCGGUACAGCAUAAUACAAACACAUCAACAUUACACCAGACAACUGAGACAAAUAUCCCAAAUAAUCUAUAUCUGUUAUCAGUAUUAUGUUGGUCUCAUAAUGCAUCAAAUUUUUACCACCAACUGUAAAUUCAAUAAAUUACAUGUCAUGGGUGCCCUUAAUUUUUUUUUUUUCCCCCUACGGCAUAUCCCUUUGUCUGUGUAUUUCCCUAAAUUGUUUAAUGUUAUUGCUUAAUUAAGUUAAUAUCAUGGGGAUGGAUACGUUUUCCAUUCAGUUUGUUACCAGUUCUUCCACCUCACUUUGUGUUUUUUGCAUUAAAUAUACAAAAAUAUAAAUUAAAAUGAAAAUGAUGUUCCCCUCUUGGUUGUGAUACAACUGUGCUGAUUUUCGCUUUGCAGUAGCCACUUUCCGCCGCAUGAGGGAGACACGGCCAUUUUGAAAACGGGUGAACUGUCGACGUCAUGAGUGAAGAUGACCCCUCCACAUCCUCCACGCGCUGCUCCUGUUGUGAGGUUUGUUUGAAUGGGAGGACGACAGAGAGGAGAAAAAGAGAGAAACUCGUCACGUAAAGGAGACUAUCUGCUCUCCGUGUCUGACAUUUACUUUCUCCAAAUGUGACGUCUCCUGAGCCAAACGGACGCUUUUAUUGAGGAGAGUUGACGUCAGUCUUGGUUUUCUGCUCCCCACAGCAUCACCGGGUAAGCUAACUGCCGUGGCUAAUAAGAAGCUAAUUUACCUGACGCUGCGUUGGCUGGUCACUGUUACCUGUUUCGUUAUUAACAGUCUAUAUCGUUGUGUUUGUAUACACAGUGGGGUUUCUCACUCCUAACCCCAACUACUAUGGCUGCGUAGUUAACUCAAGGACUUGCUGUUGAAGCUAACCUGGUGUGGCUACAUCGAGUCAGAGUUGUUAAUUUAUCCGAUUUACAUUCUUAUGCAUUUGUUUACAUGUAGAGAUCAAUCGAAGAACAUCAAUAUGAUUAGGUGAGGGAGAAUUGCCUAAAUAAAAGCGCGCAGAGUUGACAUCUACAAGCAGAGUAUUAGAAAGGCAAUAGAUGAAGUAGUGACUCAUAAUGUAUAUUUUUAUGUGUUUUUAACAAAUUAUGAACAAUAAUUAAGACAAAGCUGAUCAGUGCAUUACUUUAUAGAAGGCAGCCAUGAACGCCCAUCUGCUGUGCAAGCAUUUAAUUAUGUGUUAAAUUGUGUCCAGACAUAACGAAACCUACUCACGGUGGACGUACAAAGAAAAAUAUACAGUUAUUUUCAGGCAAAAAUAAAAAAAACACAAAUACUUUCAGCUUAUUAUAACCGCAAGAAAGAUAAAUAUAGAAGCAUAAUGGGUCCACAUGAUGAAGUGUCAGUUGACGCCAGCCUAUUUAGGCAGUCUGCGGUCAAUAUUACACCAAUCAGCCAUGAGAUUAUGACUGCUAAUCGUUGAAGAGAUAGCAUUGAUUAUCUUAUUACAGUGGCUUUUCUCUGUGGCUGUGGCUGUAAAGAAGUUAGUCAGCAAGUGAACAUUUUGUCCUUAAAGUUGAUGUGCAUGCACAAUUUUGAUUGCUAGACAUCUGGGUGAAGGACUCCAAAACUGCUGCUCUUGUGGAGUGUUAAUGGUCUAAGGAAAGAGAACAUGGUAUUAGGCAACAGGGUCAUGACUGAGUCUAGGUUUAAUGAUGCACAUGAGGGCAGAGGCUUGCAUAUUUAGUCCUGUACAGCAGGACUGCUACUGGAGCUCGGAUUACUACCAAAGGUUUAUUGCGAGGUCAAAUCAAAAGGUUUCAGAAUUCACAUGCAGUUGCAUUUGGGACAGCAGGCUAAUCGGUGUGCUCUGGUCAUCAUCAGGAGCACCUGCAUUGGGCAUGCGAGCAUCAAAACUGGACCACAGAGCAAGACAGGAAAGUGUCCUAGAAGAAUAUGGCAAUGGGUUCAAAGCUUUCCUAGGACCUCCUGCCAAUGUCUUAGUGCUAUGAACAACAGCACACCUCAACAAUAAUAGUAAUUAUUGUUAUAAUAAUAACUUUAUUUAUAUAGCACUUUUAAAAACAAGAGUUUACAAAGUGCUUUUACAUGCGGGAAAACAAAAAAAGAUAAAAACAACAGAACAACAGCAAGAGAACACUUGGGGGAAAUGUCGCAUUACUGGCAAUAAAGAAAUAAAAUAAACAUCAUUAAAAUGAAGACAUUAAAACAAAGACAUUACAAGAACCCGUGAUAACCAGCCAACACAGGAACCCAAUCACAGAAACCUGAGACCAAGGGGACUAUUAUAAAACAUGAAUAAGAGGAGUAAAAGGCUUUAACGAAGACAAAAUCACAUAAAAGCAAGUCUAUAAAAAUGAGUUUUAAGACAUGAUUUAAAAGCAGUGAAUGUUUCUGCACACCUUAAGGUCUAGUAAAGUCCAUGUCUUGAUAGAUCAGGGCUCUUUUGGUCCUGACCUGAUUAGAAGGGGAUCUACAUCGUAUCAGGCAGGUGGUUAUAUUGUUAUGGCUGGUUGAUGUAGUUGAUUUCAGAGUUUUUGUAAACUGCUUUGGAGAAAUGAAUAAAACUAAGGUAAGAACAUUCUGCUAUUUGAAUUUACUGCAUUUACACUUAAAUUGAUGUUGAAAAGUCUACAAUUUUGUUUUCCUCUGUAUCAUUUAUUCGGCAGUUACAGCUAUGAAUGAAUGAAUGAAAGAAAUAGUUUCAAGAGUUUACACACAUGAGUGGAGCAUGUGUGUAAACACGUGUGUCCAGCUUAGAGAAAGUGUUGCGCAACCCAGUCAAUGAGAAGUCUUGCAGCCAUAUCAGCAUUGUGGAUCUAGACUAGAGCUGGUCCUCUUUUCCCUUUAAAAUCACACUGAUAACAGAAUGGUCAGCAUAAAUUAAAAACACUAAUUCUUUGUAUAAAUAUAUUAAAUCAUGAGCAAUAAUGCAGCAGGAGAAUGAGUCUAAGGUGGACAUUUUGCAUUAAAAAUUUCUGCUCAAAACUUUAUUUUUAAAAUGUUAAAAUAGUAUUAACGUUCAUGGCCUUUUAAUGUCAUCACUGAGCUUAUCAUUUGUUGCGUUGCACAGUUGAUAUUUUUAGCAAGAAUUAAAUAUGUUCUUGAUUAGUCCAAGUACUUUCAAGGUCAGGAAAAGUUUAAGACCUGCAACACUGUUUGACGGCCUUGCAAACUUUUUGUAGCAACACAAAAUAGUCUAUAUUUUUCUUUCAUUGUUUGAUUAAGAUUGCUGUUGGGCUUUUGGCCUUCAUUCGAUAAGAUGGUUUGAGAUAAAAACAGGAAAAUGAGAGCAAGUUCUAGGGGAUGACACAACGCAGAUCUAGUUAGGACAGGAAAUGGAUCCAGUGAUCAGUACGACAAGGACAACAUGAGAGGCCUGCUCCACCAACUUUGCUUAACCAUCGUCUCAGUGGGUCAGGGAUUUUAUUGUUAAAUUUUUGAACAGAAAAGAUUUGAGUUCUUGACUAAAAAGUGAGUACAAGCCUUUUAGUCACUUUUUUACAACUCCUGUCUGGCUAUCAGGCUGCUCAUGUUUGUCAAUCAAACUGUAAAGAGCCCCAAUAAAUAUGAAUCAAAUUCAGGCUGUACGAUUUCGAGUGUAAAAAAGUUCAAUGGGUUGAAUACUUGUGUAAGUUACCAUAUUACAGACUUCUAUUCCCUCCUUUCUAAAUCUAAUUCUAAUGUUGCAACAGUCAGCUUAUUCAUAAUUACAAAUUCCCUUUUAAUCAUUUCACUUUUGUCUUUUCUGUCAGUACUUUGUGUAAAGCAAAGAGUCUUGAUUGGCUUGGACUAAUGCGCCAAUCCUGAUUGCACAUGUUAAUCCCAUGUUUGAUCUGCAUACAGAAUUUGCAGAUAUUCACCUCACAAGUCUGGUUUAACGCCAGUACUAAUAAAUGGAAAUUAAUGCAGUGCUGUGUGUGUGCAGACAAUGUACUUUUUUAAUUAUUAUUACCAUUUUUACUGUAACAAUCAGUUGGUUCGGACAGAAAACCCACUGACUCUUUACUCAUUUACUUAUGUAGUGUGUGGUCCAAUACUUCAUAGAAAAGGGAGAAAUUUCUGGGAUUUAAAAUCUUGCUCAAGGAACCAAAAGUAAACUUAAUUUCUAUGUUUGGGGUAUUCAGUAAAUUAUAAUGACUCCUGGUAUGCUAAUGAAAUAAUUCCAAAGCUUAUGAAAUGUGGAGUUUGGGUAAUACUCGAAACUUAUUAAGAGGUUACAGUUGACCAAUUAUGGAUAUAUGAUAUCAAAUACAGUGAGUUUUUGAGAUGGGAGUGGAAAAAAGACCUUUCUAUGAGAACUGUGCACUGUUUUUCAAACUAUUAUCUCCUUAUCUGUGAAAUCAAACCUCAAGUAUAAAACAAGCGCAAACUGUCUAUAAUUUAAUCUGAUAAAACUAGAAUACUCUCUAAAUUAGUCUGAAAAGAUCUGAUUAGUUUGAAACCAUACCACCUAUGUUCAGAGAGAACAGGCACCUGACUUUUCUGUCAUUAAGCUAUAUAAUGCAAAGAAUGCUUUAGUCUUUGGGAUUAAUGCAGUAAUCUAGGCAUCACAUGAUACUCCAAUAUUUGAUCAAUGUACAGAGCUUUUCGAUUAGUCUUUCACAAGGCAGGUUUAGCGCUUACUCCAUACGUACAGAUGCCAGGGUUCAUGCUCACCUCAGUAGAUGCGAUGGCCAGACUUUUUGAGCAGAAAUGAAAAUAUAGCCUCCUAUUUAAAAAUUUGGAUUGUUUUGAUGUAAAUGUUCUCAGAGGGUUGCUUUUCUUUUCGUGGUACAGUUUUAUUCUGCAUUUGUUGAUGAAGUGUGGAGCUAUGUUCACAGAUUAUGGUUUUGGAGGUGAUUUCAGGCCGAUGCAGUGAUUGACACGACAGAGAAAUUCUCUUAGCGCAUUGUUGCCCUUACCUGUCAGAAAUAUGGUAUUAAAAUUACAAUAAGCGUAUAUUUGUCAUGAAUAUAGUCUGUGUUGUCUUUGCACUGUUUGCAAACUGUCAAAUGCCGUUUUUGUACAGUGUCCCCCAACUUUUUCAGAAUUGGAGUUGUGUAUAAUGUGACAUUGCCAGCCAUUUGUGGUGCAUCUGGUCUACGCAGCUGUGAUGCUCUGUUGUAAUUGCUGCAGACAGCACUGGUAGUAUUGAGAAAGAAUCAGAGGACCCAUCCCUGAGCAAACUAUGUGAAGAAACCAUGUCUGAAUCUGAUGUUGGCCCUUCCUAAAAAAGACUUGUUAGCUUAUCCUGAUAUACUUCUGUUAGGCUUUUAUCAGCCUAGUCACAUAUAGGCAGACUAAUCUGUAAGGUUCUCUAACUAUGCAUUGUCUGCUGGAUCAGGAUCUGCUGAGUUACCUGCUGUUAAGUUAAAAUAAGUUGAAAAACUUUAACAUGACUUUCAGAUGUAUUUGUAUGAAGUUCUUGUUGAAGCGUUGAAUCUUUAAAAAUGGAAAACAAUGAACAAUCAUCAUCACUAUAAAUUUGUGCUUUUGUGCAGAACUCAAGCACAUGUGCUUUGUGGCUCGGUGAUCCCUGACCUCUUAGCCAGCCUCUGGGUAAAAGUGGGAGGUGGAGCCAGACCAAGUCCGGUCACGUCCGAACCCUUUAAUUUGCAGUGAAUGAUCCUUUGUAGCACACUCAGGAUGAGUGGAGAACUCGGACAAUGCGUUCGCUGACCCUACGUCUUAUCAACAGCCAUCACUCUCUCAUGUAAUGACAGUCUUGGUUGAUGAUAUCAGAUUGAGGACCGAGAGAAACAGUAAUUAUGGGCCUUGAGUAACGGUUUAUGAGUCGAUGCACAGCUUAACGUGCUCUUCGCUCCAGCAGUAUAUAAAGUGACCUGGAGUGCAACAAAUGACUGUGCAGACUUAAGAGGACAAACCAGAGGCUGCUUCUGAGGAGCUCAGAGUCCAACAGUAACCACUCCAGGACAUUUCUGUAGGAGUCUCUCCAUUCACAAGAGGUACUGUUUGCUUGAUGCUUCAGAAUUUGCAAGAUUUUUGUUUCUUCUUUUUUAAAACUGUUUUAUUGAAAGGCUGAGAGUAGCACUUAGCAGAACUGCUUCUGCUGCUGUCUGACUUUGAGCCAACAGACAACAUAUGGCAGACCAUCUUUGAGCACUUGUCUUCUUUAAUCGCAGGCCAAUAUGUUAAUGGUGUUUGUAGUGACAGCAGCAUUACUGCAGUACAACCUUCUGUUGAGGUUAGGGGUGAAUGCUCAGACCAGAAGCUACACCAGACACAGAAAUAUAUGACACAAAUCUGAAAAUAUUAACUCUAGCUCUUCUGCGUCUUGGUGUAAAUCUGGGAACAGUGUAGUUUGUUUUUGAAAAAACUUGAUACUAAAUUAGCAGGAGCUUUGCAUUGUCAUUUUUUAUGGGUUCUCCUAGUUUAGAGACCUAACAACAGCUGCCUGUUUUUCUGCUGACCUUUGACAGCCGAUGUCUCAUUUCUCGUGAAUACUUAAUGUGGACAUUGUAAAAAUAGGGUCUGUUUCCACUGCUGCUUUGCUGGCACCUACCCCUUUGCACCAGUUUCAAGCUUUCAAAACUACAACAUAAAAGUUGUUGGUCUUGCUGCUGAUAGUUUUUGUUAGUGUUUGAGUAUUAUGGAAAAGGCAUUAAUCUCAAUUUCAGUCUGUUUCAUAAACGUUUAAAAACUCCUCUCUGGAGUUUUAAGAUGAAACAACUUGGGUUGUUUUAAAGAUUUUAGGGGUUUGGCCCUUCUCCUGUGAGUGAUGCAUAAAUCCUAGCUUGACUUAUAACUCUGGUUGUCCGUCUGCUGGUGUUUCCAGCCAACCUCAGUUUUCACAGUCACACUAAAAAUGUUCCUAAAAUUGAUUGUUAAAGUCACAGUAGUUUCAUAUUUAGUGGCAGUAUUUGAACCAUGAUGAAUUCACAUGUUUUUAAAACCCAAACAGUCUGAGUAUGUGUGAGUGAAGUAGUUGUUUUGGAACAUAAUAAAAUACAUGCAAAACAGGUAAGUAAACCCACAUAUGUAAAGGUCUGCUGCAGUAUAAUCUUUUCCUUCAUGUGUUUCUAAGGUGUGUUUGGAUUGGUACUGGCAGCAUCUCCUGUUGGUAAAUCUAUAACCUGUUUUGUUGUUGGACCAACCAGAGUUUUUUUUUUCUUCUGAGUCAGCUGCCGAAACUGAUGAUGGCAGGGAAAUUUCUCACCAAGCUGCUGUGUUUAUACUGGGCUGCAGGAUCCAAGAGUGUGUUGUGUGCGUUAGGUUGGACAGUGCUGAUAACACCUGUUGACACCUGAUAAAGCCAGGUCAUCAUUUUUGCUUGUUUAGUGACCUCCAGUGCCCAGCUUGCCUGGUGACACUGAGAGUGGAUCCAAGAGGCUUAAAAAAAUAUAUUUUUUGCCUUUACUUCUUUCUUCUCUGUAAAGCAUCUGUCAGGAACUCGGCCAAUUUAGGCAUCUACCUUUGUACUUGAUAGUUGAUGAAUUGUGAAAGCAACUUUGGAGAGCUUCUAUUUGGGUUGACAUUGGCAGCCCCUGUUGACAAAGCAGGACAUUUUAUCUCAUACCCCAUCCCGCUGCAAACUUUGAAGUUCUCUAAUGAUAAAUCUAUGCACUGUGUAAUUCCACUAAGGAGAAGUUAACCAAGGCUGUUCAGUCUUCAUGGUUGUGUUAUAUUGCACUAUUUCUCCUCACAGCUGCUGAAAGUGACAUAUCAGGUCAGAGCUCUGUACUAACUUUUUCAUUUGAUAAAAUGUGCCAAAAAUUAGAGAGCACCACAACUACACGAUACAUAUCAAAUUUUCUUUUAUUAAAAAAACAACACGGCCUCUGGGACUCGACAUUUCCAAGGGCCAGGAUUUAAAAUACAGCUGCCUACCUCUCUGUCCUUCCUCCAUUCAUCUCAUCAUUGAGGCUAAGGUAUCAACAGCCUCUAAAGAGGGACCCUCGACACUGUCCCUUCCUAUAAUUGUGUCUGAAAGUUGAACCUAAUCCACAUGUCUGCUCUUAAAUUCUGUCAUGUUGUCUGAAGCGGUCUUCUCGCCUCUUGCUCUGUUUUUCUUACUCAGGCACUAUUGGAGCAUAAUAAAAGACAUUACUAUUCAGAGUGCCCUCACAUCUUGGUUAAAAUCUCCAGCGUGCAUGCUGUCAGGGGACAAUGAAGCACAAUAAAAGUGAGCAAUGGAAGGAGCUGAUAUUAACCAAUCGAAGAUCAAUUGAAUUGGUUAUUUAGGCAUCCUUUUUGAUGGCAUCCUACACUGUGCCUGAUAGCCUGUAGGCAGGCAUUACUAAUCUAUCUGUUACUGUAUUGCUUUACUUUGUAGAGAAUGAAGUAGUGCAUUGUUUUCUAAGUUUCCACAAAUAUUGGGAAAUAUUGUUUUUGUGUUUUUUUAAUUUAGAUAUCGCCUCAGCUCAGCUCUAGCUUGAAUGAGUAGUUCAUGAAAGAAUCAGGGCUGAAAUUACUUAGAAAAUGUCAGAAGUCCAUGUGUGAAAGGGACUUCAGUCACAUGAUUGCAGUAGUUUCUCAGAAGGGCUAAAAGUCUUGAUGUAAGAAAGGGGGGAGGGUAAAGUUGAGUCAGGGUGAAGUAGCGACUUUCUCGGAACAGAGAGUUAUUUGAAAGGUUAAGUACGGCACAGUGACCAGCAAGCAUUAAGGACUCCAGUCCAGCAGAGUGAGACCAGACGUUUCCUGUUCUUCUCUUUCUUCCUCUGUUUUCGCUCCUCCUGUGAAUCUGUUUUUUCCUCUGGUGCAUAAAACUUAUUUGACUUCACUGUAGAGGCCUUCACAUCACUCUGUCUGCUGCAGACUGCCUGUCUCUUUACACCACCCUUUAUCUCCACUGCUACAAAUAGGCCUUGGACUCUAACUGCACAGGCAUGGUGAGCGACAUCACUCUGACCUGACAUGCUGACAUUUAAAAGCAGCUUUUGCAUGUUUUGAUUGGAUGUUAGCCAUAGUAAGACCAAGGCAAAGGUCUGCCAUAGAAGAAGGCUGUUUCUUCUUCAAUGUUGAUUUGAACUCAGCUGUCUGGGGCUGUAUGUCUUCAGAGCAGAAGAAGGACUAUAUAAGGAGUAGUGCUGGACGAUAAUUCGAUAACAAUAUAUAUCGAUCGAUAGACGUGUGCUGCGAUAGAAAAAAAAACGGGUCGAUAAAAAGUUCGAUAGAAAAACACAGUUUCCCUUUCUUUUUCAUCAUAGCCUAUCAUGUAGCUUUUGCUACAGUCAUUACUUCCUCCCAACCAAUCACAAACGCAGACCCAGGUACGCUACGGCACCAAGCCCAGCCCCUAUCAAACCACAACAGACAGCACGUGUAUUAGAAAAAAAUGAUACAGCAAGGAGAAGCGGAGGACAUUGUCAGUAGUUCACCAGCAUGGCAAUGUUUUGGUUUUUAGAAGUCUGACAAAAAGCGAACAGCGGUCGUUUGCAAAAUUUGCAGAGAAUUAGUAAAAACCAAGUCUGGUAACACAACCAACUUGUUUUACCAUCUAAACCGGUCGCACCCGCAGGAGUACGAGCUGUGUCGGCCGCGCCGCGGCUCCACGUCGUCGUCGGAGGAAUCCUCUGGAACCGCUGCCAGCACCAGCACAAAGCAUGUGAAGCAGACCAAACUGGACUUCGUUUCUUGCCAAAAUACGACAAAGCGUCCGAGCGGCAUAAGGACAUCACCCAUGCAGUAACAUGCUGCAUAGCGAGGGACAUACUGCCAAUAACUACCGUUGAAAAGCCUGGCUUCGACCAGCUUCUAGCCACUCUCGACCCGCGAUAUGAAGUGCCCGGCCGCAAGUAUUUCUCAAACACAGCGCUUCAGGCAUGAAAAUAGGUCAGGGGUUGAAAAGGUGAGAAGAAUGCACCCCUGCAUCCCGUCCACUCAUUAGCUUCUUAAAGUGGAAGAAAAUGAGCUCAUAUUUUGCAAAGACGCGAGUAUUUGGAUCAUGGCUACUAGCAGGGGGGGCAUUCGGCAGGGGUGCAUUCUACGACACAACACCGGCGUGGAUAAGUCCUGCUUCUCGUGCUCAGUUUGCGUAUCAAGUCAAUCACAUGAUAAUUAAAAAAAAUAAAUCUCCCGACCCCGGGAGAAAUAUUUCAGUGUUCAGACACCAGGCUGUGGGCAGUUUCUCACACAGUUAAAACUGGUAGUAUGUUAUUCCCACCUAAAGCUAUUCUGUUUAUUUAUAUAUUUGUUUGUUUUGUUUAUUUUCAUCAAAAGACUAUUUAAAUAUUUAUUUAUCAGAUUUUCUGGUCACUUUAGUCUUUAUGUUUGUCAGUAUUUACUGACGUCACUCAGGCCCCUUAAGUUGAUUUCUUUUUUUUUUUUAGUUCUUUUUUAAAAAACUUUCAGUUGUGGUAAAAUAAAAAAGGUGGUUGAAUAAAGGUUUGAAUUUGAAUUCAGUGCUUCUGUGUUCUUUAUUAAAAGUAGGUCAUUAAGCAAUAGCAUAAAACAUCCAGGGCUGCAAUUAAAAUAUAUGUUAAAUAAUUAUAAUAAUUAUAUCGAUAAUUAUCGAUAUCGAUCAAUAUGAUUUAUUUUUUAUCGAUAUGCUUUUUUUCUAUAUCGUCCAGGCCUAAUAAGGAGCAUAAGUGCAUCUGUAGUGCCUGCAACAAGACCUGGGCCACUGUCACAGCAAAGUAAGCAAGGUAAUGAGGUUAAAAUGAUACCUUCCCACUAGUCAUGCUGGAUAAAGCCCAGCCGGUACUGGAACUGUAGGGAACAGUAACGAUACAGGGAUUAUAAAACUAAGUAGAGGACUGAUUUACAGAGAAGAGCAUUCAAAAACAAUCCAAAUAAUGAUAUGAGCAUGGAUUUACUUCAGUCAGCUGUGGGGUAAGACAGGCACAGUGGCAAAGUGUUAGACGACAGAAUAGUUGAAUGUGUUCAAGGUUUUGCAGCUAUUGUAAUUUUCUGACUCAUUGCAGUAAUGGAAAAUAAAAAUGUGAUCCAUAGAGGCAUAUCCAAGACCUCUGUCAGUGAGACCUUGUUUGGACAAGAAUGACUCCAUAACAAAGUCUUUCAUUUGCAUUAAAGAAAAAUUUUCAUCCAUGUAACAACAUCACUCAAUAAAAAUAUGAGGGUUAAAACACCAAGCUUUAAUGGUAAACAGGUUAAAUUUACAAUUAUAUUGGCUUUUGUUCCCUGAAGCCUAUAUUUCCUAACAACCCACUUGAUUUCACAAUCCAAAGAAAUAAAAAUGAUUUUUUAAAAUUUCAUGACCAUUUGUGUGGCAAUUUGAUCAGCUCUGCCCCAAAUGUACACAUGGCUCUUGGGCAUGUCUGACCUUCAGUUUUAAAUGAGCUACAAUUUAAAGUAAUUCCUUCAAAGUUCCUGACACACCUGACCAGGGUGCUUCUGUCUUGCUAAAUAAAAAAUAAACGUGGAGGAGGAAGAGGAGGAGGAGAGAUAUAUCAAUUUACCCCUGCCUGCUUUCCCGCUGGAGGGAGUGGGAGAUACCUCAUUGUUGUGGACUUAUCCACUUCUGUGACGGUUGCUAGGAAAAGCUUUAAGUGGGACCUACUGGGGCAACCUGAGUUGUUGAUUUUUCUUCUCCGUCUUUAAAAAAACAAAAAAAGUCGAAUUAGGAAGGAAAAAGAAAAAAUGCUCAGGACAAGUUUUUAUUGUUCUUUUUUUUAGGCGAUUUUGUGGUCUACAGGGAAUUCAACAGUUUGGAGGUGGAGACUCUACAGAGCCAAAUCAUUUGGCUGUGUGCUUUGACUUGACCCUGCUGUAGAAGUAGAUGAGAUCCCCUCUGACCCUGUUGUAAUCUUUCAUAUGUUUGUACAUGGCAGCAGUACUUCAGUAUAAUACUUGCAGCUGAGUAGGACAGUAGGAGUUGAUAGUUGUAAGCAUGUGGACAAACCAAGGCUUUAAUAUGCAUCAAUAGUAGCUCUCAACUGUGACCCUCUGGUGUGACACAGGAUGCGAUGGAAUAAUGGCCCUGCUAGUGUUGGCUACCUUAAUGUAUGUGUUUGUGGGCUGUUCUGUCAUCUACAUGUAGGGCUGGGCGAUUUGGGAAAAAGUUUAUCAGGGUAUAUUUUUUUAAAUCGAUAUUGAAUUGUAUCACGAUAUUAAAAAAACACUUCUCAAUCCUAAAUGUUCCCUGUUACUUAUAAAUGAAAUUUAACAUGUACUCGACAUAAUUUGCAGUGCACAUUACUCUGCUCUCAUUACCAAAAUACCUCCACACCACCAACGUUUUCAUGUCAGUGUUGUCAACAAUGUCAUCAUUCAUCUACAUUUCUGCCAGGGGUAGCACUCAUUUUCUUUUUUUCUCACAGACAGUGCUGUCAGCUUCACGUGUGAAAGUGCUAUGGUUGCCUGUAGAUGAAAAUCUUGAUUUCUAUUAUUUAUUAUUGGUCUUCUACAAGAUGAGUUUAUUACCCAGCCCUAGCUGCAAUGGCUUUUACAUUUUGACUUGACAAGUACUUUUCUAACCGUCCAAUGUUCAUGAUGUAGUGUUUUUAGUGUCAAAAAGGUGGAAUGUUCAGCUCUCACUGAGAAUGACAGAAAAAGAGAUAAAAGUACCUACUGUCAGAAUUGUUAGCAGUCAACUUUUGAUUAAACAACAAAUUGCUCCAGCACCAUUUUUUCUGACUUUGACUGAAGUUUCUCUCACUGUAAUGUUUAUCAGCCACUUGGGUGGGGGGGUUCGUUUGAGUUCCUUUGGCUUCUACAAGAAGACCAGUAAGAAAACUAAAAAUAGAAGAUAAAGAGACUUUGAAAAGAUGUUUCGUCUUUCUAUAUACUCUGUUACCCCUGUUCUCCUCCUCUGUAGACAAGACUUCAUUAGAGCAAGUACAGGGCUAAGAUUUGUGAGAGUAAAUCCUCCAGGAGAAGGUAACUUAGUGCAGAGAAGAGUCUUCUUCUUUUUGCCUCCUGGGCUCAGACCCAGAGAAGUGAAAGCAAAAAGCUGGAAACUGAACUGAAAUUGAAAGUAAGAGAAAUGAGACAGGCUGACCUUGUUUAAAAGUUGUAUUUUAGGUCUGCUAAGCAAUGCCAUGCUUUUUUUUUUUUUUUUACACUAACAUGCAGCUCUAUAUUCAUGUCACAUUAGUUCUUCAGAUUCCCACAGAACUCCCCUGCAAAGGUAGAUUUAUAGUAAAGAGUGUCACUGUUGUGAAAUUAAAUAAGUUUGAAAUGCUUCCUUUUGGCUGCUUUUCCAGUAUUAUGAAAUCAGACACCAUUUGUGGGUGUUACUUUUCACACAGUAUUGUAGUUAUGAGGUUAUGCCUUAAUGGAAAAUGUCCAAGACUACCCAUAAGUACCCACAUGAGCGCCUCGCUGUAAAUUAGCUAAUAUUACAUGACCUGCUGUUGAAAUGUUUCCACGGCUCGUGUGCCUUCAUGGAAGGUCUUUAAGGAUAAAGCAGCCCAGGUUUCAGUAACAGUCGAGACUAUAAUCCAGCUUGUUGUGGCCUUUGUUUAUAGAGGAGUCAUCAGUGAAGUGGUGAACACAAAGAGCUGCAUUGUGGCUGUUAAUGGAUGGAUAACGACUCAGUACUGUUUUCUGGUUUGUCUUUGGGAAGAGAGAAUAGCUGUGGCUUUGCAUCACAACACUCAGAGCAAUUUUCUUAGACACAAUAAAUCAAUAAAGCACGGAGAGAGGAAAAGCCUAGAAAGAGCUGCUGCUGGAUUGGCAUGUCCCUCCUCAAUGCCCUAAUAAGAUGGCAGGACCUGACAUCAGGUUCAGGCCAAGUCUGGAAAUGAGCUGUUCAAAGAUCUAUGUUUUGUGGUAAAGAUACCCAUUUUUCAUGUUCAGAGGUACUUUUUUAUCAUGAAAUGAUAGGGCCCCCUUAUUUUCUUUAGAUCAUGAACAUAACUGUGAUACAUGUUUCACUGUAGGGCUGUCAGAUAAGAAAGGAAAUAGCAGAUGCUGUACUUAUCAUGUCCGUGGUUUUGGGCUCUGGUUCAACUUUGGCGGGCAGGCUCCACUGAAAAUUAGCAUGAGGGUCAAUACCAUGUUUCUGUAUCAGGAGCAAAGUUUGUGGUGUUUUUUGUGUUUCAAUUCCUCAACAACAUCGUUAGCAUACAACAUGUUUUACGUAGUUUGACUUCUCCCAGAAAACUGGUCCAUCAAUUUACAAUGCUGGUGUUACAUUGCUGUUGAUUUUGUUUUUUUGUAUGGCUUGUGGAUCUGCCGGCGCUGGGCAGCAGAAUCCAAGUUUAAAGACAUCUUUGCAUCAGAUAUAUUUCCACUUCCUACAGUCUAUGGGUUUCCCCCUAAGCUGUGGAGAUGGAAUUUUUCAGCUGCUGCACGUCUGUGUCUGGCUCAACUGCCAGUGCCAGCUAAUUGAAUGACUUUCUCUUUCUGUAGCUAAAAAACAAUUAACAAGGAAUGCUUACUGCUGUAGUUACAAAAAAGAAGAUGUGGUUUUGGCUCGGUGCUGGACUUUGUGGCCUGAGACUGUAAUUUCAAGAAGUCUACAGAAAGUUUGAGCUUUCUCUUCCUCUCCUUUUUUUGUCGUCUUUCUUCCUCACCAGUUGGUCAUAACCCUUAUUUUAUUCACUUCCCUCUCUGUUCCUCUUCAGUUCACUGCACUCUUGAGGAGCCUGCUGCUCUCUUCAGGAAUUUCUUCUUCUUCUUUCUCUCUGCUCGCUAUUUCCCGCAACUCUUCCCCUGCUCCCGGGAAACCUGUGGGCUUCCCUCUGCGUUCUUGUAGCCUCGAGGCAGACAGAGUCAGACUCAGGAGCUUUACACGCCAGCUAUCAUUAGAGGCUCUGUGGGAAAAGGUGAGCAUUUCUUUAAGAAAUGAAUGGGGCUGUGUAUCAAGCCAAGCUAUGCAGGUGGACCUGGGGGGUUUGCUGAAAUGAAUCGGCGCUCUGUGAGUUGGAGCAGGGGACAGGAACUCUGCCGUUAGGUCUGUGAGUGUGGAUUCACUCAGAUUUAUGCGGUAGAAAUCCUGACAUACUAUUCCCGCCCACAUUGGGUUGCUGCUAAACAUGAAUGUUUUGAAUUCUUGCGAGUGAAGCUGUUCAAGUUUUCUGGGACAAAGAGAUAUGUGGCAGCACGUAAGCUAUAUCACUGAAACAGAUAUCUGCUUCAACAGAUCAUCACUGGACUUGAGACCAACUGUCCUUUAACGCUGUGGUUUCUGCAAAAGAAGUUGAAAAUUACGCUAAAUGUUAAGUUUUAACCUGCAUUUAGGGAUGCAGUUACAGACUCGUCAUAAAGACAACAGUUUUUGGAAGGGAUUUGAGCCUAAAUUGAUUUUAUGGGCACCAAUGCCAUGAUUCUUUUCUUAUCAAUUUCUGAGGAUUUUCUGUGUGGCUAAAUGUGGGAGUCAAUAACACACAUAUCCUCUAUGAAAUAUGUUAACUUUGCUGUUCUGCUGAGAUGAAGCCUGGCCUCUGAUUGGUCAUUUAGAGCUGAUUGCCUCCAAUUGGUCAGCAGACAACAACAAAGAUGGCUGAUAACUGAAAUCAUGCCGCAUCACCAAAAUAAAUACAUCGUCAAACGAUUGCCAUUCCCUUCAUUUUAAAGGGAUAGGACCUGAACAGUCUUUGAAAACAGAAAAUCAGGUUUGGUCCUAGUUUAAGGCAGUGUUACAGUGUUCUCUUGGUGGUGUAGUAAACCGUUGUCACUCUAUCUGAUAGCGUGUGUUGUUUAUAAUGCACUAGAAUUUUCUGUAAUUAACGUCUGUGUUUAUCUCACUCGUAUCCUGUUCCUCCUGUGUGCUCUGGGCCAACAGUGGGCCUGUGGUGGUACACUUCAUACUCGCUUCACCGGCAGUUAAGGUUGGCUUCUUGUGUACAGUACAGUUGGAUUUUGAUUUUGUUUUUUGUUUUUUUGAGUUUUUAACAUAAAGUACAAGAAUACAGAGAAAGUCAACCAGACAAAUCUCAUUUACGUAGUAGAACAAACAAUGAACCCUUUCACAUUUUCUCAGUAUGUCCGGGUUUUUGGAUUGAGAAAAUCACAUACACAUGCGUCAGAUUUAUAUUUGUACAAUUUGCAGAAAUUUAAACCUGAUGUGAAAAGAUUAAACUGAUUGCGAAAUGGACUGAAAGAAUUACUGAUUACUGUAUAUGACCUACAGAAGUGAAAUGGAUCACCAACCAGAAGACUGAGUAUUUCUCUAUGGUAGCAUUUUUCAGUCUCUUUUUUGUUGCUACUUUUUACUACACACCCCAAAGGGCCCUUUUACUGUUAAAAGUUAUACGUUAUAUGUUAGCUUGUUAAAGAAAAGGGUCACACCAUUUUUCUCUAUAUAGAACAAUACACAUGCAUGUUAAGUAGAGAAUCAACAUAGUUACUAACUUUGCACCCUGAGGCUGCAAGAAUCAACUCAAAGUGAAAUUACCCAAAUGUUGAUACCAAGACUUAAAUGAUAUAAAUUUCAGUCAUGAUAUGUUACAAAGAAUGUUUUUUGCUGUUUUUAUAUUCAGGGGACAUGGCUGUAUUGUUGCAACCCUCUGUCUUUCUGUGCAAGAAUUUCACCUGUCUCUUUCAAGUCUCAGUUUAAAGCUUGAAUUUGCUGAUGCAUUAUUAAAUAUGUAUUUUCAAUUGUCUGCCAGUUCUGACAAAUUCUUUGUCCUUGGAGUUAAAAGUAAGAUAUAAUCCACAUUCAAACUACCAUACAUUAUUGGUUUAAGUGUUUCUUCUCUGUGCCUCUUCUUAAACAGAUCACCAUCCUCCAGCCUGUGAAGACGCCAUGCUUAUCUGGUCCCCUCAUGGCCGUCCCAUUAUGACGAUCAGCCCUCCUCAGCCCCAGUGGAUCUUUGUUCUGGCCCUGGCUGUGCUGUUCUGCCCGCUGGGCCUAGUGAGAAGUCAGGGGCGAAGUGAGACGCAGUCCCCUUCCCAGGUGCUGCAGGACCUGCUGACUCGCUAUGGAGACAACGUCACCAUCACAGUACCCCAGCUGAGGUCUUUACUGGCUCACCUCAGCCAGGAUCAGGAAGGAGAAGAAGACGGAGAUGGUCAAAAUAUUGCAGAGACAACUACAAGUGCACCUCCCAAAACCAACCAUUCCAAGGUAACUUCAAAGCCUUGCUUGCUGUUGCUCUCCCAGCUUAUAGGCUGCUUUGUGGUGGUCCAGAUGACAGAUAAAAAAAUCAGAAGCAUCACUAUAAGAGACCAAUUGUGGAACUUAAUGUUUUUCCUGCAAGUAUUAAUCAGGAAAAACAUCAUGGAAAUAAAAUGGAAACAAACACACUCCCCCUUGGGUCUGAUAACUCGUAGCAUCUGUAACAUACUCAGGAAAAAGGAGGGGUCAUACAUUGCAUCCUCCCUUUUAAUACUGGAAAUUGAUAUUGAUCGUUGUAACGAGACAACUGCUUUCUGCCAUCCACCUUUAAUUCACCCCUCAAAGGAAUGCAGGCUCCCUUGGUUUGCAGAGUAAAUUUGGGAGUAACGGUUUACACACAAAUUUCCAGUUUACGGGAGGUGAUAAUGAAUCACUAACGCUUCCCAAAAAGACAAGUUGCUUAUCAACCACACAGACCAAUAAACAUGGAGCCUCUCACCCUGGCUGGGAAAGAUCAGAAUUGACACCUCAGAGUAAACCAGAUGACCCAAAAGAAAACAAGGCUGCAUUUUGCCAGCCUCGAUAAUUGACGUGCGUUUGUUUUCCUCCUCUCUCGCUACCAAACACGCUGGAUGAGAGAAGAGGUCUCACUCUGCGCAUUGUUCUCGGCACCUGGGGGCGUUGGCUCUAUAGCGGAAUGAACGGAGUUAGUGAACCCUCCUGUCAGUCAUUCAGUGUCUUCGUCACGCGGGGGCUGGCGCGCACAGGCACACAGACACAGACUUUUGAAUACAGUGCUGCAAGUGAGCGUCGUGAGUAAAAAGCAAGCAAACAGAAUGAACACGACAGCUUUGGUGUCUAAACCGAACGCAACAGCCCAAGUGUGGGAAUAUUUCGGCUUUAAACCAGUUUUGUUUUCGUUAACCACAAAACUCCACGUGUGUGUGCGCGCGUGUGUGUGUCUGUGUGUUGGAGGAGCACAGCAGGCUGAUGAGAGCUGUCAGAGCGGACUGAAGCUGCUCCUAUAUGUUUAGCGUUUAACUGACUGAGUUUUGCAACUCUGUUUGUCAUUUUCGUCUCGUCUCAUCAACGGAAACGCACUUUCGUCUCGUCACAUUUUAGUCAUCUCCGACUUAUGUUUAUCUCGUCAACGUUACGUCUUCGUCGUGGAAGAAGGGGAAAUAUUUUAGUCAACGAAAACAACCAGUGUUGUUCUUGUUGACGAAAAUAUUUCCCUUUUUUGACGCUGGCGUUUACGAAAAUAUUUGACGAAAUAUGACGAAAACAACACUGCUUUAAACCAAAUGAAAGAGGUGAGCCCACAAAUACAGACGAGCCGAUAUGUCGUAUUUGUUCCAAAGUUGUGGUGACAAAGAAGGGGAAUACGACGAACAUGCAUGCGCACCUCAAGCACAAUCAUCCCCUCCAUUUUUCUCAACUGAGCAAAAAAAGUACUGCCAGAGGUGCUGCGGAGCCAUCGUCCCGAGAGGUACCGCUUACUGAAGCGUUUGGCAAGCAAAGCAAAUAUAAACAAAACAGCGAAAAAUGGUGCGCGCUGACAGAAAGUGGAAAUUAAAGUUUAUCACUUUUGACAUGGUGUACUCGCAUUAUUAUGCCAUAUAAUAUCAUUAUCUAUAAAUAUAUUUCCACUUCUACAGUAUAUGGGUUUCCCCCUAAGCUGUGGAGAUAAAAUUUUUCAGCUUCUGCACGUCUGUGUCUGGCUAAACUGCCAGUGCCAGCUAACUAAAUGACUUUCUCAUUCUGUAGCUAGAAAACAAUUAACAAGGAAUGCUUACUGCUGUAGUUACAGAAAAAGAAGAUUUGGCUUUGGUUUGGUUUUGGCUCGGUGCUGGACUUUGUGGCCUGAGACUGUAAUUUCAAGAAGUCUACAGAAAGUUUGAACUUUCUCUUCCUCUCCUUUUUUUGUCGUCUUUCUUGUGGAACUUAAUGUUUUUCCUGCAAUUAUUAAUCAGGAAAAACAUCAUGGAAAUAAAAUGGAAACAAACACACUCCUCCUUGGGUCUGAUAACUCGUAGCAUCUGUAACAUACUCAGGAAAAAAGAGGGGUCAUACAUUGCAUCCUCCCUUUUAAUACUGGAAAUUGAUAUUGAUCGUUGUAAUGAGACAACUGCUUUCUGCUAUCCACCUUUAAUUCACCCCUCAAAGGAAUGCAGGCUCCCUUGGUUUGCAGAGUAAAUAUGGGAGUAACGGUUUACACACAAAUUUCCAGUUUACGGGAGGUGAUAAUGAAUCACUAACGCUUCCCAAAAAGACACGUUGCUUAUCAACCACACAGACCAAUAAACAUGGAGCCUCUCACCCUGAGGCAAAGAAGGGGAAUACGACGAACAUGCAUGUGCACCUCAAGCACAAUCAUCCCCUCCAUUUUUCUCAACUGAGCAAAAAAAGUACUGCCGGAGGUGCUGCGGAGCCAUCGUCCCGACAGGUACCGCUUACUGAAGCGUUUGGCAAGCAAAGCAAAUAUAAACAAAACAGCGCAAAAUGGUGCGCGCUGACAGAAAGUGGAAAUUAAAGUUUAUCACUUUUGACACAGUGUACUUGCAUUAUUAUGCCAUAUAAUAUCAUUAUCUAUCAUUUAAAAAACGAUGUCAAUAAUAUCGUGGCAGAGAAGUGGCAGGUAACAUAGGAGCUAUUCAGCUCUCUGGCACAAUUGUCUUUAGGGAUAUGAUGAAAGUUUAUAUCAUAAUUAACUUUCUUAUGGGCAUUGAAAUCCGCACACACACACACUUGGUCCAUAAAUGUCCUCUCUAUUUUUCCGAGUCUGGCCUUCACAGCGGGGCUCAGGGGUUGGAGCUUGGAUUUGUGAUGUAGGAAGUCUCACUGUAUCUGAGUCUGCCGCUUGGGUCUGAUUACUUGAUUAAUCGAUGGAAUAUUCUGUAGAAUACUCAAUCAGUAAAAUAUCGGAUAGCUGCAGCCCUAGUCAACGUUUUUCAAAGAUGUUUCCUGUCAUGGUAGCUAUGCCAGAAUUAACAGCAGGGUUUGCCUGAUAAGACUUAGGCACAUGGAAGUGUCACUAUUCUUUAACAUAUUGUACUCCCUUUUUGGACCUGCUGGUUGUGUACAAAAGAAGGCAACAUUCAGCAAAAGAAUAAACUCGAGUGAACUUGUUUCACCCGCCUCACAACUUUGGUUUAUUAACCUUUUAGAUUAUGCCGAAUGAGAAAUGGAAGCCCAUUAGAGCCACUAGAAAUCCAAAUCUGUAACAGCCUUCCAUCUGUGUAAUUUGGGGUCCUAUUUACAUAAUAGUAAGUCUCUUAAAGUAUUAAAGAUUAGUUUCAAUUUAAAUUUGACUUCUCGUUCAAGUUUGUGAAAGGCUUCCUGAUAUUGGAUUUGAGUUUUGUCCCGCUAAGCUUGGAUUUUUAUUACAAAAGUGAGUCAUGUAUUCCUUGAGCAAUUAUAAGAGAAGUCACAUGCUGGCUAAACAGCCUUUUACACCCAGAGCAAGUCCUGUCAAAUGUGGGUGAUUACUGUCAACUUCACUUGAAGGAGUGUGUUCCAGUUGAUAUCCGUCACUGGCAGUUGUUUCCCCAGCUGUUCUGUAAUAAUGAAACUCACUUUUUUUUUUCAGACAUCUCUAAGAGUAAUGGUGGCGAUGGUAAAAUAGCUUUGUAAGGCACCAAUCGGUGAUCAGUUUGUCUUUCAAAUAAGGUGACUGCAACUCACUUGUGGAAGAUUGUAACUGAUUUAGAUUUGAGUGGGUAGCAGGAAGUGGCUGCACGGUGGUGAUGAGGUGAGCUCAGUCGCCUCACAGCAAUCGGUUUCCCAAUUCAGCUUUCAAAACUCUAAGUGUGGAAGUUGCAUGUCCUUCCUAUUCAUGCGUGGUUUCUCUUCUGGCACUCUGGCAUCCACCCACAGUCCAGAGACAUGCUCGUCAGGUUAAUUGGUGACUCCAAAUUGCCUGUAGGAGUGAGUGUGUCUGUGACUGGUCGUUUUUCUCUACAAGGCAGCCCUGUGAUAGACUGUCUGGGGUGUAUCCUGCCUCUGGCCCAAACGCAGUUGAGAUGAAAAGGAUGCUUGUAAUGAGACUUUCAACUUUGAUAUCAAAGGAAAACAGACAAGCCAGUAAAAUGUAUAAAAUACGUUGCACAGACAUUUAAGACACAGUCUGUUUUAGGGGGGCUCUCCGGGCAGAUAAGGUUUAUACAUACUGCCAUCUUGCAUGAAAUCUUUUAUAGCAUUUUUAUGCAGGUGUGUAGCUCUUUUUAUUACCAUCAGUUAUCAAUACCCUGCCAGCUUCCUGUGCAGUGGUUAAAGUCAGCCUACAUUCGUUUUGAUAGUUAUGAGGUAUGAUGGUUUAACCGCCUUCAACAUGAGAAUGUGGGGCUGCAUUAAAGUAGUAACUUUAUCAAGUUCCAUCGUGAUCUAUGUAAAAUGCUGUACUCAACAAAAAAGCUCUUCUUUGCAUUUCAAUAUGGUGAACUUUUCGCACCGCUGUAUGGAGGUAUGCUUGCAUUUUAGAUGACAAAAAAAGUCCUAAAAGAGUGUCUUGUAACCAAAUUUUAUGGCACCUAAAGUCAUAACAGAAUAACUUUGAAAUCAUAGUUGUGUUUUUACAUCAUGGAGCUAAUUUUCAUACAGAACAGGUCGACUUAAAAAAGAUGAAAAAGGUCUUAAACUGGCAAUAGCAUUUUUUUAUAGUAAAUAACAGCUGAAUAAGAAUGACAGAUUAUUCUAAGAUAAUAUAUCGUCCGCUAGCAGGAGUUAUGCGGAUGUUCCCUCAGCUUUAACAUGAAGUCACAUUUUCUGAAGGGGUGCAUGUCCACGAGUGUCAGGAGGGUAAAUCCAGCCUCUCAAGGAAGCAGGAAUCACCGGUGCCAAAUAGCUGAGAUGUUUGGCAUAUUUCCCAUGCUUUGUGUGCUGGAUGAUUGACUCUCUUGAUGACCAGCUUUUGACUGGAUUUUCUUUGACGUGACGAUCCUAAAGUUUUAAACAUCUUUGUGAAAUCGAACAAACACUUGACUCUUGUGUGUCAGGGUUGACACGCUGCAUUGUGUGUAGCUGUCUUCACCUGUAUGACUCUAAAAAAAGGAAACAGGAGAAGUCAGUCUUAAGUGCAGGUGUGUGUGACUCAAUGAGCAGAAUUCAAAGAGCAAACUUUGGCCUGUAACUGUUACUACACUCCAUAACCAGUGAGGCACAGGCACGUGUGUUCAGCCAUGUGUCUACUACAUAUUGUUAAACACCUUCAGGGAGAGGCUUUCACAGUACUCUCACAGAAGUUUGUUCAAUGACUGGAUGCAUUAUGUACAUCUGUUAUCCUGAUAAACCAAUAUGUUGUUUGCUCUGUAAAUGUCAGAAAAAUGUCAGUGAGCGUGUACCAAACUCCAGUGUACUUUACAAUGACUUUGAAUGUCUACAGUGACUUUGAAUGUCUGCUUUUGUCAAGAGUAACAAACAAGAAAUGAUUAAUAAUAAGAAACUAAAAUAUGACAAUACUGGCUUCUCUUCUCACAGAAAAAGGACUCAAACUAAUUAAUUUGUCCUCCAAAGUUCAUGGAAAUUCAAAAGUAAUUCAUGCACUUGUAUUAUGAGCUGAUUCAUCCUCUGAAGUCUAACUUUCACUUGUUGUCCUCAGAGAUUAAAUUCCAUCUGGCUGAUGUGUCCCACAGCAGAAUUGUCAUAUUUACAGCGCAUACAGUUACAGUUUGUCUUUACUUUUCAAAGUGACUUUGGAAGUUUGAUAUCUCAGACUGAGGAACGGUUUGUUUCUGUGCCAUCUGUUUAUCCUUUUAAGGUAUCUGCUCCUUCUGUGGCCCCUUCCAGCUCUAAAUUUUCAAGAACUGUUUUGAAAUAAAACAUUUAAAUGACAAUCAGUUUUUUAUUGUAAAGUCAGGAGCCAAAUGCCAGCCAAAAGAUAUUUAACCAUAAAAUUUUGCAAGGUAAUAUGGAUGGACAUCUCAAUAGUACCAUUCAGUAUUCAAUGGAAGCUAUUCAUCUAUCAAUCAAAGAGCUCUCACAUGGACUACAGCCAUCCUGUGGUGGUUGUCCACAUUACAGCCAAGCCCUGGUAAAAAUAUGGAAUACAUACUGUUAAGUUGAGAUGGUAGUUAUUUGAACAAACAGCUUUUUGAGCAUUCAGAAAUCAUGACUCAUCUCUAAUACACAAAUGUUUAUUUAACCAUACAUUUAUCUUAGUGAUCGUUGAGUAUCUAAAUGAUUUCCCUGACAGUGUAACUGUCCAAACACAACCCAGUUCCAUAUACAGGGAAUGACUGUUGAAUUUUCAAGCCUGUCUGUUUGCACUGCUACUUUGUUUUUGACAGAUUGUUUCAGCACCAUUGUGACUCUGCUGUUCGACUUGCUUGUUCACUGGAAAGAAGAUACAGUUUCAGGAAAUCACUCCAACAAAGGGAAUUUUCACAGAAUAUUUUCAUACUUACCAAACAUUUUGCAUCUGCAUAAACAAUGAGUCAGACCAUUAUCAACCAUCCGCCAUGAGCUGUUUGAUUUCUAAAAGCAUUCAAAAUUGCUUUGGUUUAACUGCUGGAAUCAGAUUGGCAUAGUUGGAUGAAUUAGGGAUACAUACAAUUAAAACAAUUGAAGAUAAUUCAAUGGCACCAUUUUUUCAAGAUGUAUACAUCCUUUGUCAUGGCAAGGUGAUAUAAAAAUGUGAACGUAGUGGCAGUAGCAUAACCUGCUGAAGCAGAGUUUUAAAAUGCUGACUCAAACAAAUUUUGAGUCCUUACAGCAUAGAUAGCUACUUGGCUAAUAACUAUAGUGUGCAUGUCUGUCAGUAGAGUCGCACAUGCCCCUAAUUUCACCUUAUUAUACAAAACAAAUCACUUUGAUUUCCUCAAAAUGAAGGAGUUUUUAACAUAAAUUCACCCACCUGACACUGUACAGAUAAAUGGACUCUUCAGUCGAAAACUGUAUCUUGAACCUGGAUAUAAACCUGUCCGCUGUCAUCAUAAGCAUUUAAAUGUGGGUAAUAAUGGGGUCUAAUGGGCUUUUAGAGCCAGCCUCAAGUGGACUCUGCAGUUUUUAGCACUUCUAGCUUUGGCCUUUUAUUUAUUAUUAUUAUUUUUUUUUUUACAUAAAUGGACUUUUACUUGUGUAUUUAGAGAGUGCCUUGUAUUUUCUUGAGAUUUCAGUGUCAUACAUUGUAGAUAUUCUAUUUGGUGUGCCCCAAGGUUCAAUCCUGGGCCCUGUUGUUUUGUGACAAACCUAAUUUGUAUUUACUGAACAACUUGGCAGCCUAUUUGUGACUAUUUUAGGCCAACAAACUCAUGGGUCUUUAUGUUUUCAUUCUUCCAGUGUUUGCCUGCAGACACGCUAGCCAUUUACAGCAUCAGCGAGCAGUCACGCCUAAAUGGCCAGGACUUACAGGAACUAUGUCCCACCAUGCUGCAGCAGCUGGACGCUGGCACCUGCAGGGCACAUAAAGAGGAGGAGCAGGCCUCCCCCAGACCCACAGACGCUGAAGGUGAGCAUCGUCAUUCAUAAAAGGUCUGUCUGUCAGUUUAUAGAAUUUCCUUCCUCCUACAGAUCGUCUGAAAGACUCAAAAGGAACAAUGAAUUAGUCUUACAAAUCUGUCUCUUUGAGUUGAACAAAAGCUAUUAAAAAAAACACACCAAUGAGCCUCUCACCAUCACAUUGGAUGACAUGGUUAUUUUUUUCAUUAAAAGGAUCUUGGCAAGUAAAUAAUUUUUCGUAAUCCUACAUACUCUGUUUUUACUGCCAAAAAUAUUCACUCGUGCUGCAAAUCUGCAACUAAUAAAAGCUCACAAACCAAUUUAGGAUUCAGGCUCCCUUUGUUAGGGUUAGCUGUACUGUAAUCAUUCCCUGUUCUUACAAAUUAUAAUUAUAUUCAUGACUCAUCUAUUACAAAGAUGCUAUUAUUUCUAUUACAAAGAAAGCACAAAUGUUAUGAGUGACUCCUGGGGCCACACAUGGGUGGGUUUUUGUCCUCAGAUGAGAUUUGUUUAGAAAAGGAAAGUGUAAAAUACUGCUAACUGUGUCUUUUUACAGUGUAGAUUAUUGUGUGAAUGUAGUCGAUUAACAUCAAGUGUUGUUUUCUUUUUUAUUUACAGUGAAAUGUGUUUCUGUUUGUCAAACUUUGCUGUGUCAUUUGUGCUCAAAACAAUUUUUCUUCUUCCAGAGAGAGGACAUCCUGAUUUCUGUCAAUAACUACCUUGUUUACUAGUUUUUUUCUCAGUGCUAUCUAUUUUUUUUUUCUGCUACCACAUUUUCAGUUCAAUAUAUCUAGCAGAAACCCAAAGGAAUGAGACCUUGAAAACACAUUUCUCUGUCAGAUUUGAGCUCCAAAUGUGUGUUAUUUGUUGCCUAGAGAUAGUGAUAUCAUGAUUUUCCCAAAAGAGAUGAAAGCCAAAAUAAGCAUACAGAGAUAGCCAAGUCUCAGAUUGCAUUUCUCAGUUUGGCUUAAAGACCAACACAUCCUUCAGAUUCAAAAACCCUGCCUCUAUCAGCAGGCCUGCUUUGUAGGAGAGGUCUCAUCCAGGUACCAUCAGCCAAACAGAGAGGCAAACCAGGAAUCUUUGGGUGUGCUGAUACACACCCAGGUCAAUGUCCUUGAGGGCCUCAUACACAAGUUUGGCAUCUGCAUUGGAUGUGAUGUUUCCAAAAAUGUGAAGUGAAGCUCAGGCUGUUGUUUGCAGCUUUAUUUAGUGUUUUGAAUAAGUCUCUGGUUCAGAAACCUCGCUAAUCGAGCAUAAGGGAGGUUCUUCUCUGAGCCUGCAGCAGAACUGAUUCAGUACUGUCAGAGAGUGCUUCAUUACUGUCCUCUAUAAAUCAGCAGCACUUACUCAGACUUUGCUUCAUAUUUGAGAACAAUAUUUCGCACAAUCGCCUCGGUUUCUUAGUUUGAAUCUAUGCUGCCAUCCUGUUUGACUGGGUUUCCUACAGUUGUUCGGGUUUCCCUCACUAUCAGAAACAUAAAAUUCACCAGUAAUGGCAAGCUGUAGUUUUAAUGGCUUCCUGCUGCCUUUGAGUCAGGGUGGGACAAAUCCAGUAAGUACAUGUUAAUCAGUAAAAAGUAACUGGACUCAAUUUAUGUCCCAGCUGAGUUAGCUUAGAAGAUGACGCACUUACUUUUCUUUUAGAAGAGAGGAAAAGUUUGAAGGUCUCUAAAGGUUCUCCUCUGAACGGACAAACAUGAUAUCCUUUAUCUUCCACUGAUACGCCUGUAGCUCGCCUCAGCCUUGCCCCUGCACCUGAGGCAGUUUAUUUUGGCUCUGUAACUGUUUUUUUUUUGCAGAGACUGUUGAGAUCUUCAAGCAGCAGGGAGGCAGAUGCCGCAGGAAUUCCUCUUCACUGCAAAUCUCUGUACACAUCAGUACUUGUUAUCUAUCUUGACAUUCAAUCCAGUGUGUGUGGCAAUAAAAGUAAAAAGAGGAGCAAAAUUUAUGCAAGGCAUGUGGAAGUUGCUGGCGGCUGCAUCUGCACAGGCAACAAUCUCUGUGGUUUUUAAUAACAUGAUUUUAUUUUACAGAAAAUGUUUUGUUGUUGUUGUUGUUGUUUUUAACCCUCAGUUUCCAUUCACAGCUGCAUUUUCAGUUAUGGCAGUUCGUUUUAAUAUCCCCUCUUUCUUUUCCACCCCCUCACCUGUCAUUUACACCACCAGUGUGGGGCUUUUCUGUCCUGAGUGUCAGUGUGAUCAAUGCCUUCUCCCUCACUGGAGUUUUCAUCGUGCCUCUCAUGAAGACGCGCCACAUGAAGCAUGCGCUCACCUAUUUCAUCGCCCUUGCAAUUGGCACGCUGUUCUCCACUGCCGUCAUGCAGCUCCUGCCAGAGGUUUGCCAUCCAUCCCAAAGCAUUUCUGUCUGCACUUCCAUCUAGAAACAACUCAGAAACACUUUUUAUCUUCAUUUUGACAAAGAAAUGCCAAAUUCCCCCGAAUUGAUCGCAGUCUUACAAAGCGGUUAACAACAUGGGUGCACCUUUGGCCCAGUGCUCCUUUGUCUGCCGUGCAGUCACAUCUAUUUCCUCUGCUUCCUGCCUUUGUCUUCCUGCUGGGCUCUUUCAGCACUGUGGAAACUUUUGGGGUUUUUGUUUACCGUCAUCACCAAUCAUCUUUGGGUGGAGGGACGUUUCGAUUGCAGUUUUGUAUCUGCGUUCUGCACCUUUCUCAGAAAUGAAAUCUAGGCCAGCUAUGUGGCAGGAACCAGAUCGACCCUCUCUUCUGCCACUGCUGCAUGAAGAAAAGCAAAGACAGACUUAAAAAAAAGGGGGUCUUCACAAACACAGUGGGUUCAUAUCCUUCAGUGAAGCAAAGUGUCCAUAUUGUAAUCUGACCCUUAUUAGAAGGGCUCCUUCUGGUACUGAAGGGCUAUUUAAAGUUCAUUUGACCCCCUUUGUGUCUGCGGUGUUAGCUCAUAUGCACCCUGAGGCUUGGACGGAGGUACAGAUGCACCUAGGUGGACAAGGACAAAAUGUGUGUGUGUGCAUGUGUGUGUGUAAAUUUGCCUUAUUACUUCCUCCUUUCUCUUUCCAAAGAAACGCAUGGUUCACAGGUUGUUUCAAAAGGACAAUAAACUUCUUCUCCUCUGUGCAGAUGAAGGGUGGCUGUGGUGUUGAUUGAUGGGGAAAUGAACCUGUUGUGUCUUUUCUUGUUUCCAGGGACUAAACUGAUUGGUGCCUUUUUAAUUUUGAAUGUCUUCUUUGAUCUCAUGGUGGUUAUUAAUCCAAUAAAAUCAGUUCCGAACUAACUUCCUUUUUUCUUUUCCUCCUCGUUUUCUCUCUGCCAUCUGUUGAUCAGUUUGGGGUUAUGGGAUCCUGUGUGUCACACUCAUCUCUCUGUGUUCGCUGGUGGGGGCCAGCGUGGUGCCCUUCAUGAGGAAAACCUUUUACAAGCGGCUGCUGCUCUACUUCAUAGCCCUGGCCAUUGGCACGCUCUACUCCAACGCCCUGUUUCAGCUCAUCCCAGAGGUAGUGUCAACACUGCUGUGACUCACCAAGCUGCAGUUCCUUCACAGAGCCUCCUCUGUGCAGUGUUACUAAGCAGUGUCGAGAUGACAGGGAGGAGUCUUCAUGUAUAGAAUUUAGUAACAGGCUGGUGUGCUCUCAUUGGCUGAAUUUAGCAACAAGUGAAUCAUGCUACAUGAUCAACCUCAUCAACUUUUACAUUGUUAAAGUACACAUACUGUCUCAAGAGAUCUAUACAAAUAUUAUUGCAAGGUAGAAAAGCUGGAUUUCAUCAAAAGAAGCUGUAGUUUUUGUAUACACACACUGAGAGAAGUUAAAAAUAACUUUGGUGUGUGCCACAGUGUGUCUGUGUAGACAGUUGUGAAAUCCUAGAGGUGUUCACACCCAUCAGACCAGGUUUACAGCAGCUGUGUAACUGUAACUGUGUAACUGGCAUCAAUUUUUUAGCUCAGACAUAAAAAAAACCACUUUUCAUACUUAGAUGAUUGAUUGUUUUAAUCGACAGGAAGUCACUGUUGUGUACUUGAUUUAGCUGUUCCCUCAUAUGAGAGACUUCUGUGAAAUAUCUUUGCAACAGCCUGAAAAUUAUUAUUAUUUUUUUGAUCAUGGGCAAAGUGAAACCAUCCAAGGACAUUCAGCUUGGUGACGAUUUCCACAAGAUUUAAUUACUCUAAUUUUAGAGGCUGACCUUGAGAGAGGACAGAAAAGCAGCUUAACUCUUCCUACCAGGAACUUCCACCAGAUGUGUUUUCAGUAUGUCUCUGAGCUGUGGCUUUGCACUGAAGUCAGUAUGUGUUGUGUAUCUGCGCUGUGGCAGCUCUGGUAAUCUGUAUCCCUCUGUAUCACACAUACGCAUAACUCCUAUAUUCCCACGGGUCAUUAAUUUAGCGCAAAGCAGAUUAAGAGAGACAGGAAAUCAGACAUCGAAACAACAACCAAUUUUCUUAAAAUUUUCUGAAUAUAUCACUAGGCGCUGCUUUCAGAUUUUAUUUCAUGUUAAUACAUCAACAGAUCGUCAUGAUGAGAGAAGCUAGGCCUGGGAAUCAACAGGUCAGAGGUUUUCACAGGCAGUUAACGAGGGGAAGCUCAUCAUGGAGUUAAAAAAACGCAGAUUUUCUCACUGCUGUGGGAAAUCCUCAGUUUUGUGACUCUGGGGGUCUAGCGGUGUUGUUUUUUGCAGCACUCUGAAAACAGCCAGAACAUUUGAGUGCACACGCAAAUGGUGGAAGUUCCCAGUAAGACAGCUAGCUGUAAAGUCUUGACUCACUUGAGCGCUCUAAACAAGCAGUUCACAGUCUGCUAAUUGUUCACGCUCAAGGUCCUGCAAAGUCAUUAACCUUCAGUUUGAGAGCAGAUUAGCAGACACUCUUUAGAAAUCAUCAUAUUCAUGCCUACGUAAUAACAACAGCUUCACAUCUUUUCUUCUGCAUUCUAGGCUUUUGGUUUUGACCCCAUGGUGGAUUUCUACAUGUCCAAGUCUGCAGUGGUGUUUGGAGGAUUUUACCUCUUCUUUUUCACUGAAAAGGUCCUCAGAGUGCUUCUCAAACAGAAGGACAGGGUGAGUACUCUGAAAAAGCCUCUUCGCACUGCAUUUUUAAACCAUCGGUUACAGGUAGAGGAGAAAAUCAACAAGCAAAUCCAUACAAUAUCCUUUUGCAAUACACGUGUCGGCUUUACUGAAGUUGUAGUCGUGGAACCAGACAAAUCUGUAAGCUCCUGCUUUAUUUGUGAUGGCAGCCACAUCUGGGCCUCUCCAGGUCAUUUUCAAAGCAUUAUUUUUCAAAGCUGGUUCAUUGAUGGCCAUUGACAACAGACAGGAAAGUUGCAAGAAAAUCAAGAUGCCACCAGACAAAUGAAGAUUUUUGUAAAGGAGUGCACUUUAAAUAAUGUCGUGGCAUGAUGUUUAAACCGUCUACCUUGUAAUGGAUUAGCCAUGUGCCGGGGUGACUGCCUUAAUACUGAAGUCAGGGUUGAAGUUGGUUUAAAAGAGGAGGCAAAGUCAAAAGAAAACUGUUCUUCAUGAAAAAAUCCAGUCUGUGUUUUUCUUCCACAGUUUGUUAACAACAACACAGAAACUAUUCAUUCAGCUCAGUAAGAGCUUCUUUCAGUUCAGCUCAUUUUCAUUCUCACUGAAGACCAAAUAAAGAUCUGCAGUCCACUGUUCCUGAUUUAUUUUAACAAACAGAGUUUGGUAAACAGACUUCAGAGGGAGUGGACGCCAAAGUAACAAAACAUGUUAUUAACAAAACUGUUUUAUUUUAACCAAGGGGAAUGAAAAAGGAAAAGAUCACUAACAGAAAGAAACAAUGACCGACCAGGACUGCUUUAAGAAUCACAUCAAACACAAGUAACAAACUAAACAUUUCUGACUGGUCCUCUUAUCUUGAGAAGAUGGUUCGUAUGUCUUCUAUAUUGUUGCCGAUAUGCUCUGUGUGUGUUUCACUCUUAUUAUUGAUGUUUGUUUUGAUUUAAUGCAAUGACACCAACUUGCUAAUGGGACUGGGGAUGGAAAUUAGCUGCUUGGCUAUAAUCCCAUACAUUCACAUGUAAAUGUUCAUUAUACAUUUUGUCCCAAUAAAAGAAAAAAAAUCCAAAAUCCUAAUCUGCAGCACAUAAACAAACAACAGGGUCAUGUUUAAAGUAGAGAAAAAGAUGAGGCGAAGCGAUUGUCCUCUUUAAUAAAAAUAGCGUGAACAUCUCCUGUCUGGUCUUGGGGCUGCAGAGCAAGUCUGUUUUCUCACCAUAAAAGGAGAGUUAACUGUGUCAGGAAAUUGCAGGAAAAGUUCAGAAAAGAGGGAAAGGAUGUUGCUUAAAAAAUUGACACUUUUUUAUGAUCUGAUCAUUUUUCUUUCACCAUCCAGUGUUGCUUCAGGCUAUUGUAACAAGCCAUGAAUUAGUUUUAAACUUUAGAAAGCUUAACAUUUGUUUAAAUGAUUAAAUACUUCCCCUUUUACCAUGCCACUCCCUUUAACACCUCUGUUGUGUCAUAUGUGUGCGUCAGAGGCAGGUUUAGCAAGUUGCUCAAAUGUUGGGAUAGGAGGCACCAACUCCUGCUUGAAGUAAGUCAAGUUCACAGUUGUGUCCUGAGGAGUUUACACACAGUUAUGUGACACACUCCUCGAAAGUCAACAGGUUAUUUCUGUUUGCCACACCAAAGAGUUUUUGUGCUCAUUCAUUCAUUCAUUCAAGAACCCAGGCACAUAAAAUCAGAUGAAAAAUACCAUAAUAAGUGGUUAAAACACAUUAAAAUGAACAAAUAAGACAAUAAAAGACCUCUCCAGUGUACAAACAUGGCUUGUAAAAUCUUAAAAAGCCUCAUGAAACAGUCUUAUUAGCCAAGAGAAGGCCCUUCCUUUAUGGUUUGGUCCCACAAAGCAAUAAUGAAGUAAUAACUUUCCCUCACAGGAUCUGAGUUUCUGCUUUUUUAGUCUAAAUUUAGACUGUUUGUCCAAAAGAAGUCCGUAAAAAGAUGCUUGUGUUGUUAAACAAUCAGUAUCUGCAUCUGUAACUGUGAUCUGUAUGACAUUUCAACUCAACCAAGCCAGAGAUAACGUAUCUCUGUCUGAAUACAGUUUUUAUCAGCAGCUAUUUUAUGAUAUAGAAAGUUAGUAUUUGUUCCAUUUAAGUGUAUGUUCUCUCUAUAGGAUUGACUGUGAACUGCUCCAGAGUGGCCAGUUUUUGGCACUCGGCCCCUUGGCAGCUGUGCCUGUGCUGCAUAUUUGUCUAAGUGCAGCAGCAGCAGUGUGUAUGGUACAGUUUUGAACAGCUGGAAUACUUAUCUAUAUGUCACUUUGUUAAAUGGACAUCACUGUUCCAGCUUGUAAAUUACCCCUAUAUAUACAUCUAUAAAAAGGCUCUCUUGAAAUUCUGCUCGGCACAUGUUCAUGAAGCUUUCCUGUUCUGCUGGAUCCAUUCUCAAAAAUCCUCUGGAAACGCAAGAAGAACCUGAUUUAGGGACACUUACUCCACCUUGUGGUUAUGCAGCUUUGUACCAUAUGGUCCAGCCAACCUACUUAAAAGCUCACUGAGAGAUCUGUUGAUCCUAUUACAGAAGGUUUCUGACCUCCACCCGCUGAGCUGCUUUCAUGUUUUAAUUUCUGUGCAAAAGAAGCCCAGGAAUGACUUCAAAUCUGACACUGACAGCCACCUUUGAAACAUAAAGGAGUGUGUGAAUGUGGUGUAGUACAAAGAAGAGAAAAAGGACAGAGACAGAAAAAGCAACACUGUCCUGGUUUCUCACAAUCCCCAGGUUUUGUGUUUGUUUCUCCAGCUUUGCUUUGGAGUUAAUGCUGCCUGAGAAGCUCUGCUUGAGGCUCAUCAUCCAGAGGGAGAGGAAUUGUGACCUGAUAUCUAAUUUCUGCUGUACUCUGUGUUUCUGAUUUAACCUUUUGUUUAUCAGUGAGAGGAUAGUGUUAUUGGUUAGAGUGGCACAUAAAGUCUUUCACUUUAAAAGUGUCAGAAAUCAGAAGUAUUGUAGGAUUAGUACUAUCUGCCCUCUCCUCUGUAAAUAAAGAAAACACAAACAUCUGUGGGAGGAAAAUAGAUUGAAGAAAAAAAGAGGAUCUCUUCAGUCCAACAUGUAGGUCUUAUCUUAUCUGUCAAGUCUUUUGUAUUUGACUUGAUCGUACUGAGCAACAAGAAUUCAGUCCCCACUUCAACUAACACAGCAGCACACGUCCAAAGUUUAUUAUUAAGACUCCCUCAACCCGCUGCUCUGCCUCUGACUUUCUCUCACUAUCCACUGUCCUUCACUUAAAGGCAUGUGAAGGACAGAUAAUGAAAUAAAUAGAAGCAAAGAAAAGUGUCAUUGAAAUGAAUCCCUGAGAGUAAUAAACAAGGAGUAAAAUCUGUAGAGUCAGAAAGCUCUUCUGGUUAUGAACUGUGUCAAAAUUAAAGCCUGAAGAAAACUGGGGUUUGGUUUUUGUAAUAGGUUAUGUAACUCUGGAUGAAGAGACAAAAACAACCCAAAAGCUCCAUGGUCACAGAACGAACAGAAGAAGCAUUUUUUUUCCCCUCCUAUUCUACAACAAUAAUUUUCAGUGGAUUUUUUUGGUUCAAGGUUAUUUUCUUUUCAACGAUUUUUUUUUUAUUGAUCCUGAUUUCUGUUUUCUUUCUGUGUCUCAGGGACAUGGUCACAGUCAUUACCCUGGUCCAGAUCGUUACUUGACACCUGAUGGGGACGUAGAGGGAGUGGAAAAGGAGAAGUUGCAGCAGAACGGAGCUGCCACAGGUCUGGCUCUGGGCAAAGUGGAUGUAGGAGAGGGAGAGCUCAUGCUGAGUCCAGCACAAACGCCUGAGGUAAAACAAGAGGAGUUGAAACAUGAUCAUGAGUCUGACUGUGAAAUCUAAGGUCCUCUUUAUACAGACUUUUUUUCCUAAAUAAGGCCAACACAUUUAUUUUGAUGGAAGAUAUUGGGCUCUAUUUUCAUGCACGGUGUAAGUCAGGUCCGCCGCGCCGACAAGGCGUUCCCAAGCACAAUUUGGUAUUUUGGUGAGCGGCACAAAACCGAAUAUUAUAAUAUUUGUAUGUAGGCUCAAAGUAAAUAACUCAUCUGAUCACUGAAACAAAUCAUCUGUUCAGCCCCCACCGCAGCUGCAGCAGGACACGGAGACAUGUCCAGGUAGAGCUGCGCCAGAAAUAAGAGGAAGAGGAAGAAAGAAAAGGAGGGAGACGAAUUACAUAUCUUGUUAACUUCAUCAUGUGUGUUUAUUUACUAGAUAUUUAACUUAAUUUGAUGCGGUUUCAGCUGUGUUGAUUCGGUCAGGUGGUGUGUUCAAACGCGUGCCAAUCGCGCUCAUCAGAUCAGAUAUAGGUCAGAAUAUAUCGAUAUAGAUCUAAAUGUAUGUGCUGACUAGGGCUGGGCGAACUGAAGCAGUGCCACAUGGAAGAGCACGUGCACUGCAAAAGGUUACAAACCCUGAGCGGAGCCAAAUCAGCUGACCAUUCAGUUCGCUUUCUCUGGCGCAACGCCUUACGACAAAUGCCGAAGAGACACAAAGAAACCUGCUGAUGAGUCAUCGGUGAUGUGUGCCGAUACGCCGCCAGUCUACCAAAAUACCACUAGAUCAGCUGUGCUCUGCCUGCGCUGAAAGCUGACCAGGUUUGAAUCUGCGAGCUUACAGCGCACUUUACAUGCCACCUGCGAGCACGAAAAUGUCCCUGCGCCAGCUGAUUGUGUGGACACCUCCCUCUGCCAUGCCACCACGCCCAGCUUGGUGGACCUUGGCUCGCCUCAGUUCACGAUAAUACCAAACUGGCUGUAUGCCGGGCUCCACUAGACGAAAAUACCACUGCUCGGGGUCUGCCACCCUCCGCCGCCUCACCAGCGGACACGAAAAUAGAGCCCAUUAUGUCAUUAAAUCCACUUACAGUUCUGGGAGAGUACUUUCAGCUGUUCAGACUUCAUCAGUGUACUUAUCUUGUCACAGACGAGUUGCUCUGAUUUGAAAUAAACUCAUUCAUUCAUGAAGUAAUCAUGCUUGACCUUGACACCUGUGAAACAUUUUGUUGCCUGAUUCAUGACCUGUCAUUAACCUCUGAUCCCUCUCAGGACUCCCAGAGUCCAGACAGCGGAGGGCGCUCCGGCAGCGGCGGCGGCUGCUACUGGCUUAAGGGGACAGCAUACUCUGACAUCGGCACGCUGGCCUGGAUGAUUACACUGAGUGACGGUCUUCACAAUUUCAUCGACGGCCUGGCUAUCGGAGCGUCCUUCACCGCCUCUGUCUUUCAGGGCAUCAGCACCUCAGUGGCCAUCCUGUGUGAGGAGUUCCCUCAUGAACUGGGUGAGUCAGGACUGCAGCUCGAGCACUCAUCUGGAGGAGAACCACCUGAAUUUACUCCUUUUGACAUUCAGCUCUAAUGAAAUUCUGAAAAAUGACUCCAGUCAUAAUAAGAACACAAUAAUGUCUCCCAAACACAAUCCACUUGAAGCUUUAGGAAUCUUCGAUUGAACAUCCUGCAGACAACUUUUGGAUUCAUUGUUUUUUCUCUUUUUUCUUUUUUCCAUUUCAGGAGAUUUUGUGAUUUUAUUGAACGCUGGCAUGAGCAUCCAGCAGGCUCUGUUCUUUAACUUCCUGUCUGCUUGUUGCUGUUACCUGGGCAUGGGCUUCGGCAUCCUGGCUGGCAACAGCUUCUCCCCUAACUGGAUCUUUGCUCUGGCAGGGGGGAUGUUCCUCUACAUCGCUCUGGCAGACAUGGUUAGUGUUCGGAUGAUCUCUGUUGGCAAAUUAUGUGGAAAAAAAGCCAAAUCUGUGGACAUAUGAUCACAGAUUUAAGAAGUGGCUGUAUGCAUGUGUGCAGAAAAACAAUCCUUGUAAAUGAAUUUAAACUAAACCAUUUCUAACACAACGUUGUAUGACCCAUUGGCAGUCAUGUAACAAUGAUUUACCUUUAAUUAAAAAACAAAUUUUGGCAUUUGGAUGAUCUGCAUUCUCAGGAACAGACUGCAUCAUAUGUAAAUUUCAUAUGCCAUUUAGAGGUUACUCUGUAUUCUACUGUAGUGUCUUUAAACACAAAUCUGCCUGCAGGUAAACUAGGUCCUUUCCUGAUAUUACUUUUUCUUUUCCUGUCUGGUAUAAAUGGCUGUAUCUUUCAAAGUCAGACAGCACAGUUAUUAAGAAAGAGCGUUUACACUAAUUAGACCUUCUGUUUUUCUCAGUUUCCUGAAAUGAACGAGGUGAGUCGUGAGGAAGAAGAUGCAGGCGGUAGUAGCUUCCUCCUAACCUUCGCCAUUCAGAAUGCCGGGCUGCUGACAGGUUUCGCCAUCAUGUUUUUCCUCACCACCUACUCUGGACACAUACAGCUGGGCUAGCACGAGACUCUUCUGGACCAACACCAGCUCUGACCAGUCUGAAAGGAUAUUAAAAUAUCAGCUGAUUUCAACCGACCCCAAGUGGAGGCACUGAGGCAGAAAACCUUUUGACUUUACGUCCCUCCUGUCGUCUCAGUUUUCAGGAACUUGGAGUCAGGGAGUUUGGCUGCUGUGCGGCAGGUACGCACACUCCUCUGUUGAAGAUAUGAGAGAAGCUGUUGGUGCGCAGUUCCCAGAUGCAGUAGAUCCCAAGCAGAGUUUGUGGCUGCCUUUUUUCAUCCUUUACAAACCUUUUUUUUCUGCUCAGUUGCAGUUCUUAGAAAUAUCUCCCAAAGCAGGAUUCAGCCUAAAGAGACGAGCAGUAUAACUCCCUCGGCUCUGAACACUAACCCGCGUGCAAUACCCAUCCAAUCACUAAAAUGUAACUCUCUUCUCCAAGCUCCUGCUCAUUAUUCCUCCUCUCCCUCUGUGGAAGUUAUCGAGCCUCAACCGUGGACACUCAGAUACAGAUGAUUUAUGCCACUGACCUUCUCAGUGCUUCCUCAGGAGGUGGGAAAAGCACAAUCAGGUUUCCCAAGCUGUAUUACUGACAUCUUUUAAUCUUUACCGCUCUUCUCCAGACUUCAAACCCCUCCUCUUUCUUUUUGUCAUUUCAUACCAAAAACAAAUCUCAAUGGACCUGAACUGGAAUUUUAAAUCAAGUGUGAAUCGCCAGCUGGACUUUGUUGUACGUGUGUUGAUGUUAUAUUUUUGUAUACAUGUGAAAUGAUCCACCUCUGGAAGACCAAAUAUGGGACGACCAUUAAGAAUGGUGAAGGGCUACACAGUGGUAUUUAGGAGGGCAUUGUUUCCCCUCAUCUUUCUCCUCCUCUGGAUGUGUCCUGAUCCCAGCAUGCUGUCAGUGAUUCCCAAAUGAAGCCUGAGGCGGACACUAGGAGCAACAUCGAAUCCAGAGUUUGUCAAAAAGGGUUUCAUCCAGACAGAGCGCAACACCAACACUGAGCGUCCACUUAAUCUACCAUCUGUGCCCUUCAUUAAUGUCACAUCGAACAUCUGAUUUAUUUUUAAUUCCUUGUUCUCUUGAACUCUCUAGUCUUGGUUCAACCCAUAGACUGUUUUCCCUUUUACUGUACGCUUACAGUUUUAGUAAAAUACCCUAAACUGAAGCAUGCACACUUAACCCAUGAACCUAUGCAUACUGAUCAUACAUAUUUAUAGAAUGAAUAUACUGUAUUAGUUAGAUUUUACUGACAAACCCAUCUAUCCCCUGUGAAUUCAUCUAAAUGGCCAGAAGUAUGUGGACACACCUUUCUAUGCCUGCAUGCAGUUUUUGAACGAGUGGACUCUUCCUGAUAAUAUGUUGAUAAUAACUGAUUUUUGUGGUUUGCAAAUCUGUUAUACCAUGUUGGAAAUAGUGCUAAGACAACAUACGUUAAACAUUGUGUUGCAUCACCUCUUUUCUUAACAAUAAUGUAAAAUUUCAAAACCAAGAGGACCAGCUUCUUGAGUCUGAAAGUUUAAACCUGUAUUUAUGGAUGCAGUGGCAAACCAUGUUCACAGUUAACGGUUUCUGGAAGUAGUUUUAAGUCAGUGCAGUAAUGAUAUUAGAUACUGGAGUUGAUGAAGUUCCUGAAUACUGCAUUUUUACACUGAGUAAUAACCAAAUAUGGUUGAGUCAUUUACUUACACGGUCUCCCAGAGAAGUGAGCCUUCCCUUUUUCUUACCCUACUGCAAUUGAACCCAAUGAGCUGAGAUGCUUCUCCUCGUGUUUUUAUAUCAUUGUGCAAAUUCUAAUUGUUUUUUUUGCCCUGUCCCAACUUUUUUGAACUGUCUUGCUGACAUCAAAUUUAAAAUGAGUUUUUAUUUGUCGUGAAACAGUUGCAUUUUUUAGUUUGAUCUAUUGGGUUUGGAUUCAUUGUCUUUGUUUUAUUUCCAACUAAAUUUAGAGUUUAGUCAAAAACUUGCAAACCAUUAAAUUCUGUUUUUAUCUUUGAUUUACACACCGCCCAGACAUUUUUGGAGUUGGGGUUGUACUUAAAGGUUGUUGACAGACUGACAAGUACAUUUUAGAUCAUUAGCACUCUUCUUAGUUUUGUUUUCAAACCCCCCUGAACCCCCUACUCCAAUUUGGAGUAAAAACUAUAAAAUUUGUACUUUGGUCUAUAUUUGAAACAUAUAAAUAAAGAACACACAAACAAACGUGCACUUUGGAAAGGUUAUCAUAAAUGCAAGGCUACAGCUUCACACAUAUUAUACAUGAUGCUGAAACUCCAACUUUGCCUGCAUUGUAGGGAAAGAUGAAAGAGGAAAACUACAGCUCCUUUGAAUCUUCAGGGAACUUGAGACUAAACCCCUGCAGCCAAGCUUGACAAUAAGAAGGUCGCCUUUAACCAGAAGAGUGAAGUAAGAUGUUACACUGACAUAUUUAUGCAAGGUUUUGGUGUCCACAUACUUUUGGCCAUUUUGUACAAAAUGCAUCUGAUGGUUACCAGGUAAAAACACAACUCAUGAUCUGUAAUGUUAGAGGGUUUGUGGGAGUGCUUUGGGGACCACUUUGGUUUUUGGUAUUGUUGGAGUCAAACCAAUCAUGUGACCUUUGUUUUUAACCAACAGCUACAAAGACAUUAAGAGUAAAGGGGAAGAAGAAACACUCAAUAUUACAAUCAUUCUUACUACUGGAGCGUGUAACACAAAUCAUUGCACAUCUCUCUUUAUCCAUAGUUACUGAUAUGAAGAUUGGUACAUCAUAGAGAUUACACACCAAGAAAGGUGGUCAUUUACAAACCCUACAUACUUUUUUAUUGAUUAUAAUUGAUCUGAAAUUAGCACUGUAGCUUAUUGAUUAGAGAUAGAAACUGGAAGCCAUGAUUGGUUAAAUAUUGUUCUGACUGACAAUGAAAUCCUAAACGUAGAGGGCAAACCAUCAAACUGGGUACCAUGAGCUAUAAUAUUACUGCUGCUUGAUAUUUGUGAUGAAUGGGAGAUUAUUUAUUGUCGUUUGAGCCAUAAAAUAUUUAUUUUAUGCUUUACACCAAGAAACAGUGUUCAGUUUACCGUUACAUUGAAAGCCAUCAUAGAAGGAAAGAUUUUAAUCUCUCUGUUUUCUUAAAUAUUAUUGUUUUUGUUUUUAGCUUAGAUCCAUGGGACAUCUGCCAGAUUAUAUACUCAACCUUUACAACACUGCACAUUUACCUCUAUACUGGAGUUAAUAGACACAGUUUUAUAGAUUACUGUCUCUGAUAAGGUAAUUUAAACCUCAUUGUUUCAACAUCACAACAACAAGCCAAUCAGACAAUGAAUUCAGGAGCACACAGACGACAAGAAGAAUUCAUUGGUGUAUAAACCAUAAAUCUUUGCAGCAUCAAUCAACCAAACAAUGACUGACUUUCUGGAGAUUUUGAUAACUUGUGGCUGUGCUUUUAAAACUGUUAAUGCCCAUUUUGAGAAAAUUGUACCUACUGUAAUUUAUUGGAAACAUCAUCAGCCUUCUCUGCGUGUCAUGGGACUCUUGAUUUUUUUUUUUUAUAAAACAUCCUUUUCCAAGAAAACUUUCCUGUUUCUUCAUUGAGUGAAAUCUUUUAUCUUCAUGAUCCAUAGAGCUAAAAGUUAAAAGUCUAACAUUAAAAAUAGAUUUGGACUCACUGUAGAAUAUAAACAUUUGUGCCAACAGCAAACACUUUGAAACGAUAAAGAAGGUGGAGUCUUUAUCUUGCAAACCUAAAUGCCAACAUUUGAUUUUAAUGUUGGCACUUGUCCUAAGUUAUGUAAGUUAUGUAAUAAAAUAACCAACCACAGCUGGAGUUGGUCAGAUCAACCCGAAAUUAAGAGGUCAAAACACCCCUUUGCUCAGUCAAGUUAACACCAUCCUGCAGUCAAUGCUCUGAUUGUUAUUCCAGUGGGUUGGGGGCCUAUUUGAAUCCCACUCUAUUACAGUUUAUGUUUUCCUUAAAUAUUGAUACUAUUAUAGAUCAAAUUCACUGAGCAUCCAGUGGUUUUGUUAAACACAGUCUAAAACAUCAUUAAGCUUCGGGUACAAUUCGAAUAUCUCCCAAGGUAAGAGGAACACCCAAGUGGCAGCCUCUGGUCCGGAGAAAUGAAGCUGAUGUGUGUUCGUAAAUUAAUAACAUAUAUAUGUUUUUUUUUUUUUUUACCAUCUUAUUUAGCAUAUACACUCACCGGCCACUUUAUUAGGUACACCUGGCCAACUGCUCGUUAACACUUAAUUUCUAAUCAGCCAAUCACAUGGCGGCAACUUAGUGCAUUAAGGCAUGUAGACAUGGUCAAGACAAUCUCCUGCAGUUCAAACCGAGCAUCAGUAUGGGGAAGAAAGGUGAUUUGAGUGACUUUGAACGUGGCAUGGUUGUUGGUGCCAGAAGGGCUGGUCUGAGUAUUUCAGAAACUGCUGAUCUACUGGGAUUUUCACGCACAACCAUCUCUAGGGUUUACAGAGAAUGGUCCGAAAAAGAAAAAAUAUCCAGUGAGCGGCAGUUCUGUGGGCGGAAAUGCCUUGUUGAUGCCAGAGGUCAGAGGAGAAUGGCCAGACUGGUUCAAGCUGAUAGAAAGGCAACAGUGACUCAAAUAACCACCCGUUACAACCAAGGUAGGCAGAAGAGCAUCUCUGAACACACAGUACGUCGAACUUUGAGGCAGAUGGGCUACAGCAGCAGAAGACCACGCCGGGUGCCACUCCUUUCAGCUAAGAACAGGAAACUGAGGCUACAAUUUGCACAAGCUCAUCGAAAUUGGACAAUAGAAGAUUGGAAAAACGUUGCCUGGUCUGAUGAGUCUCGAUUUCUGCUGCGACAUUCGGAUGGUAGGGUCAGAAUUUGGCGUCAACAACAUGAAAGCAUGGAUCCAUUCUGCCUUGUAUCAACGGUUCAGGCUGGUGGUGGUGGUGUCAUGGUGUGGGGAAUAUUUUCUUGGCACUCUUUGGGCCCCUUGGUACCAACUGAGCAUCGUUUCAACGCCACAGCCUACCUGAGUAUUGUUGCUGACCAUGUCCAUCCCUUUAUGACCACAAUGUACCCAACUUCUGAUGGCUACUUUCAGCAGGAUAAUGCGCCAUGUCAUAAAGCUGGAAUCAUCUCAGACUGGUUUCUUGAACAUGACAAUGAGUUCACUGUACUCAAAUGGCCUCCACAGUCACCAGAUCUCAAUCCAAUAGAGCAUCUUUGGGAUGUGGUGGAACGGGAGAUUCGCAUCAUGGAUGUGCAGCCGACAAAUCUGCGGCAACUGUGUGAUGCCAUCAUGUCAAUAUGGACCAAGCUCUCUGAGGAAUGCUUCCAGCACCUUGUUGAAUCUAUGCCACGAAGAAUUGAGGCAGUUCUGAAGGCAAAAGGGGGUCCAACCCGUUACUAGCAUGGUGUACCUAAUAAAGUGGCUGGUGAGUGUAUACUUCUAAGUUCAGCGUGGCUGUUUAAUCGCAUUUGCUCUGUAUAAUUUAGACACCUUGUCUAUGUAAUCCACUUUAAACGAUCAAUUUCUUUAGGAAACCAUACCUGAAUAAAUGUAGACUUUUUUGUGUAUGGGAGAUUUACUCAGUGAUACACAGAAAUUUACUCCAAGCUGAACUCAUGCAGCACUUUUUUGAAGCAUGCAUUUAUUUUGUUACUAUUUGAUAAUCCUAUUUAUCAACUUGAACAACUCCAACAGCAACAGUGCUUGGCACCGCUUAAAGUGUCACACUUUCUCCCUCUGUACCUGGAUAGUUUUUGCCUGCAGCACUGAAGGACUCCGCUUGAGACAUCUGUCUUGUCCUGUAGCAACAGCACCUGACACUGUGCUCUACAGUUCUGUCUGCCCCAUCAUAAAUACCUCGCAUGAACAUAUCACAAUAUUGGGAUAUGUCAUAGCUGAUUGAUUUCCACAGAGAAUGGGAAAGCAAGAAAGAAAGAGAAAAGAGAGAGGAAGGAAAGAAAGAAAAACCUAAUCUAAGAGCACCAGGAGCAUCACCACCAAAGGUGAGCUUCCUGCCGGCGAGGUCCCAGACAAGAACCCCUGGGAGUGGAUGGCCAUGCUCAAACUACAACAGGGCACCGACAGGAGGUUGAGUCUAGCACUGUGAGCGCCAAUGCUCACCUGGUACACACAACCGUGGAAACAUCAAUCCUUCAACCUCCUAACUGCCCUGGCUGUACACCACACUCCGAGGAUACGGUUGGAAUGUCAGGGUUCUAAAUGUUGGUUUUGAAAUGUCAGUGUUUGGGAUGUUAGGGUUCUAGAAUGUUGGUUUUGAAAUUCAUUUUUUUUUAAAUAUCAGGGUUCCAGAAUGUCAAGUUUCUAGAAUGUUGGUUUUGAAAUGUCAGUGUUUCGUGAUUUCAGAACUUCGGUUUUGAAAUGGCUCUGGUGGCUAACAUAGGUCCUAUAUACA